UAGCUGAUUCAUCAGGAGCUUGACAAUGGCUUCUUGGUUGGUAAAAAGUCAACCGCAGCCAUCUCUUUCUCCAUUUUCCCUUCUCUCUCACUUCCUUUUCCCCUCAUCUUCCAACUUACCUGCUAAAACCUAACAUUUUCAUUUGAGUUUCGUUUUGUUUUUGUCAACUCGGAAAUGAUUUGCAGAGUGAGAUUCGGCGGAUGCAUAUUGGCCCUCUGCCUUGCGGCGGCUGCUUCUCCUAUUACCGUCCUUCUGAAGUUAGUGCAUUACGAGCAGUGAAGAAGCAAUUGGUUGAUCCAAUGAACAAUCUCAGAAAUUGGAGCAAAGGGGAUCCUUGCACAGCCAACUGGACUGGAAUUCUAUGUUCUAAUGAUCUUGGGGAUGAUGGGUAUUUUCAUGUUCAGGAACUUCAGCUACUGAAUAUGAAUCUCUCGGGAACUUUAGCGCCUGAACUUGGCCAACUUUCUCGUCUGAGAAUACUAGAUUUCAUGUGGAAUGAAUUGACUGGCACUAUACCAAAGGAGAUAGGACAUAUCUCUCCCUUAAGACUCCUACUCUUGAAUGGCAACAAUCUAAAAUCUUACUUUGGGAUUAACUGUUUUCUACAUUUCUGCAGUCAGCUUGAUAACAAUGACUUCAGUGGAUCUGUUAUUCCAGCUUCAUAUGGAAACUUUUCGAGAUUAGUGAAAUUAAGCCUCGGGAGUUGCAGCUUGCAGGGUGAUGUUCCUGAUCUUAGCAGGAUACAAAACCCUACCUAUCUGGAUCUUAGCCAGAAUCAUCUUACUGGACCCCUACCAACAAAUAAACUUUCAGAUCACAUGACAACCAUUGAUCUUUCAGAUAACCAGCUAAACGGAACAAUCCCUGCAAAUUUCUCUGACCUUCCUUCACUUCAGACUCUAUGUCUCGAGAAUAAUUUUCUGACAGGUCCCGUUCUUACCGGCAUUUGGCAGAACAUGGCCUUCAGUACUAGUGCUAGACUUAAGCUAGAUCUUAGAAACAAUUCAUUCUCAAGUAUUCAAGGACAUCUAAAUCCUCCGGUGAAUGUUACCUUGAGGCUUGCAGGCAAUCCUGUCUGCAAAAAUGCAAACUUGUUGAAUGUAAGCCUGUUCUGUGGAUCUGAAUCUGGAGAGAAUGAGAUGCUUACAAACUUAAAUAACACAACAGCGAAUUGCCCAAUUCAAGCAUGCCCAAGAGACAAUUACUAUGAAUAUGUCCCAGCAUCUCCUCUGCCUUGUUUCUGUGCAGCACCUCUCAGUAUUGGAUAUCGUCCGAAGAGCCCUAGUUUUUCUUAUUUUCCUCCUUACAUCCAGCCUUUUGAGGUGUACUCGACUCGUUCUUUGAACUUAAGCCAAUAUCAACUGUCAAUUGAUACAUAUUUGUGGGAGAAUGGACGCCUAAGGAUGUACUUGAAGAUUUUUCCUAGCAUCAAUAAUAACCAGUCCAGUACUUUUAAUGUUAGCGAAGUUCAGAGAAUCAGAUGGAGAUAUAUGUCAUGGACUUUUCCCGGUAGCAACUUGUUUGGACCCUAAUAGUUGCUCAGUUUCACUCUACUUGGACCUUAUGCAGAUAUUAAGUUUGAGGAGAACACUAAGGGUAUUAGAAAGGGUAUUUUAGUAGCCGUUGUGGUUGCGGGUGCUGCCUGUGCAGUUGCAGUGUCUGCUAUCGUGGCAAUUUUAAUAACAAGAAGAAAAGCUGGACAACGUCGAGCAAUGUCAAGAAAACGUUUGUCUUCAGCGGUUUCUAUGAAAUUUGAUGGGGUGAAAGACUUCACAUUUAAACAAAUGGCACUGGCUACUGACAACUUUAACAGCUCAAGUCAAGUUGGACAAGGAGGAUAUGGAAAAGUGUACAAAGGCACUUUACCUGACAAAACGGUUGUAGCCAUAAAACGUGCAGAAGAAGGAUCUUUGCAGGGACAAAGAGAAUUUCUUACAGGGAUAAAGCUUUUGUCAAGGCUGCAUCACCGAAACCUAGUUUCAUUGGUUGGAUAUUGUGAAGAAGGGGAACAGGUACAUUUUUGUGGUCAUUAUCAUUAUGUACCUGUAUUAAGUCAAUUACAUGAGUGGGUUGGGCUGUGCAUGUGCAUUUCUCUGUGUCCUUAUGGUGUGGAUUUUAAACCUCUAAGAAGUAUAUUAAUUAGUUUUAGCUGCAUAAGGUGAUACGCGAUCUUGUUCCGCUGGAAGGU